CGCGCUGGAUUGGCCGCCGGGGGGACGGUGCGCGCGUCACUGCCGCUCGCCGCGCUCACUGGUUCGGCGGGGCGCUGGGAUGCCGGGGCGAGAGGACGAGAUGCACCCCGUGCUGAAGGCCUUCGUCUGCGGCUCCAUCAGCGGCACCUGCUCCACGCUGCUCUUCCAGCCCCUCGACCUGCUGAAGACCCGCCUGCAGACCCUGCAGCCGGCCGUGGGAGGGUCCGGUCGUGCUGGGAUGGUGGCGGUGCUCUUCAGGGUGGUUCGUACUGAAAGUCUCCUGGGGCUGUGGAAAGGUGUCUCUCCUGUAAGUGGCUCUUCCAACCCUGACUUUAAAAUGACACACACGAGCAAACCUGCUGUUUAUACACGGUAUGAGAGUGGAAGAUUUGGCUAUGGGAGCGUAUACGGAGCUCUGAAGAGUAUCUAUCAGACGGAAGGAGCUCGUGGCAUGUUUAGUGGGCUCACUGCCACUCUGCUACGGGAUGCACCUUUCUCUGGGAUCUACCUGAUGUUCUACACACAGACCAAAAAACUCACACCUCAGGUCCAGCUGGAUCCAGUGCUCAUGCCUGUGGUGAAUUUUGGCUGUGGGAUCUUUGCGGGAGUCUUGGCUUCACUGGCAACACAGCCUGCUGAUGUCAUCAAAACACACAUGCAGCUGUCCCCUGAAAAGUACCGUAGGACAAGCCAGGCCAUUGCCUUCAUCUACAAGGACUUCGGGUUGGUCGGCUUUUUCCGAGGCGGUGUGCCUCGUGCCCUCAGGCGUACUCUGAUGGCAGCAAUGGCGUGGACUGUAUAUGAACAGAUGAUGGAAAAAAUGGGCUUGAAAUCCUGACUGACUUGCACUAGAACUGACCAGCCUCACUCCUUCUGCUUGCUGUGACCAGCUGGCACUGGGAAGCUCCCAGUUCCAAGGAGGAAUAAGCCUUGCUCAGCUGGGAGGAAGAAAGCCCUUCUGAGACAGAGGAUUAGGCCUUUAGGGAAGUAGAAGAAAGAAAGAUCAAAUCUUUGCAUCUUUUGAUCAUUGCAUUCCAGAAGGACUGUACUUGGGACUGCCUUGGGCAGGGUUUCCACAGCAUGGUAUCUAUGCUGAGAGAAGCCCAUUUUAAAAAUAGCUCUGUGCUUGCCACCUUUAUGCAGUGAUACAUUGCCAAACAAAAGUGUUUGAGGAGAAAACAGUGAGGGCAGUGUUGGCUGCAGAACCUUGCUUGUAUGUUCCUUGCUGUCUGGCCAGUAAGGCCACCAUGAUACAUCAUCUGAUGCAGAUCCUUCUUCCUCAUAUGCUUUGUUCUCCUCGGGAGCACUGCAGACUGUAGGAGACUCGAUAUGUCUCUUGAUGUUUAUAAUGCAAGAGUGGAUGGAAGAGAAAAGAAGCACUGAGGGAAAACUAGGAGUACAUUUUCUGUCGUCAUUAUUGUACUGUGCUCGAUAGCAGAGAAGGUAACGUGCACCUCCCUGCUGUGUUGUGUCAUCAGGUAACUGAGCAUCUUAACACUUCAAAUACAUUUCUGUAGCUACAACAGUGUUUGCAGUGGAAUUAGAAAGAGUAAGGCACUUUAAACCAGAAGUAAAGAGCGCAUUAGUUGCUACCAAAAUUCUGCUGGUUCCCUGAAAAACAUUUUUCCUGCUGGUCAGACCAUAUCAGGAAAACUUAAAUGUUUUUUAUCCAGUUGUACUAGAGACUUACUUGCUUCCUGUUGCUCAUUUGCUGAUCCCUCUGCUCCUUAGAUGUAGCUUUUAAGAUUGUAGCUUCCAGAGCAUAAAUGUAUAAUGGAAGCAGAUACAGAUACUGACACUUUAAAUUUCCCCGAGAAGCUGCUACUGACUGCAUGUGGAAUAUCUUUGGUUUGGGAAAGAAAAAGCUGUUCUUUUCUCUAAGCUUUCUCCAAAGUUUGAGGUGUUUGAGUGUUUGGUAGGGACAAAGAAACCCUGGACAGAUUGUCAGACGUUCAUUUUCUCUUAGCAGGUAGCGUGUUCUUGUUUCAGUAUUCCUGAGUUUAAACUUGGAGAUGAAAUUUUUUUUUUUUUUAGUCUUUUUUUUCUCAUUCCUACUUCAGACCCCAAAGCACCUGUCACCAGAUGCGUGGAUAUUUUUUGGGACUUUCUUAUUCUGGAGUGUGUGGUGGAUAUGUUAUACAUCUUGCAUUGUGGCAGUCAAGGACUAUGCAGGGUUACCUGCGAGGUGAUUCCCUAAAUAUUUCAGUUGCUGAUGUAGCAAUGGGAAAGCACUGUACAACUUGUGCAGAUAGAGGCAUAAUGAGGCAUGUGAGCAAGGAAAGUUAGGUGACAAAUCUUGUUCAAGUUAUGUCCUCAUCAGAAAUCUGAAAUGCAGGAACGCUUCAGUGACUUUUAGGCCCUCUCUUUCUGCCUGGUCAAGUAACAAAGAAAGAUGUAAAGAAUCUAGUCUGACCUGCUGGUGUCUUCAAAGUCAGCUGAUUUUUAUCUGGAUUCUAGCCUAAUGCUGUGUUAGAUUUUUCUUCUUGAAAGCCCUUCCAUUGUCCACACUUUUUGGAGAAUGAGGAGGCUCUUCACUGUUGCAGCAGUGUGAAAAAGUAUGUGCUUUUGACAUGUGAACUAGCCUGGGCUCUUGGAGUUUAACAAAGCUAAGUUUCACCACCUGUUUCAUCAACCCUUACUCUCUUCAAAAACAUUCUGUUUCUAGAGUGAUUAGUUGAAGUUACUUUUUGAUAGUUAGGCCAAGUCAAAAACAAGUGUUUGGGUAUAUUGCUUGUGAUGUUUGAUGCUUCUAAUGAAGAACAAAUUGUUGUACAACUUAAAUGCAAAUAAAAACCAAAGAAAAUUCCAGAGGCAGGUACUAAGUCUCCUGUCUGCAUAACCCCUGCAAUUCAGUGCUAACAAUCCCAGCAGAUAAUCAUUGACAAAGUCAUUUUAGCCUGGAUUUUGGAGAAGCUGGGGUGAUAGUGUGAGCUUUCUUAGACUGCCAGAUCACCAUCAGACCCCUCUCCCAAUGACUUCAGUUGUUGGCAAUUUAAUCUUAGUGAACGUGCAUUGAUUCUGUUAUUCCUGCAGCUGUGCUCUAAGAACACAGCUGGUUAACAGAUGGUGGCAGUCAGUGUUUACCUGAAAAUUAUAAAGGUACAGGAGAUAUAGUCUGAUUGUCUAUUGGUUUUGUGUUAUUUCCACGCUGCCUGUAGUGG